AUGGCAGCUUUGUAUCCCAUAUCUGGUACAUUGGCCGGUUGCAUCGGAUGCAUGUAUUUUGUGGAAUCUAUUGCUAAGGAGCAACCCAGUUCGAUGAAUCUGAUGACUUUUUCGACAUUUCUCUUCAUAUCAUUGGAGGGAUUGAUUUUUACGUCGAAAUUUUUUGCCGUUCCCAAUAAAAUUCCGAUACGUGCUUAUCUGCCAACAGUGAUAACAUUCUUUUCUGUCAAUGUUAUUAAUAACCAAGCUCUGAAUUUUCAUGUUCCUGUCCCAUUACAUAUCAUUUUUCGAUCAGGUUCACUAUUAGCUAGCUUAAUUCUCACGAAGAUAUUACAAGGAAAAGAGUACUCAUUGCGAAAAUACGUAGCAGUUUUGUCUAUCACGGUUGGCAUAAUCAUGUGUACUACGGCUACUGCCCAUUUAGAGAAAACGGAUCAACAAAAGACGGUGGUUGACAUCGAAAAGCACUAUCGGGAAUGGAUAAUCGGCAUUGUGAUGCUUACUACAGCUUUAUUAGCAUCGGCAUAUUUGGCAAUUUGUCAGGAAACAAUGUAUAAAACAUAUGGAAAGCAUACUGAGGAAGCCAUGUUUGUAAUUCACAGUGCUUCAUUGCCAUUUUUUGCAUUUAUGGGUGAAGAUAUUUAUAAAUCAGCUGUUGCAUUUUCGCUUAGUUAUCCGGUUGAUAUACUUGGUUUUCGUAUUCCACACAUGUGGGUGUAUCUUGCUGCUACUUGCCUAUUACAAUGGAUGUGCAUCAGUUUUGUAUAUCGGUUAAAUGCCAUCUAUGAAUCGUUAACGGUAACAAUGGUUGUUACCAUACGGAAAUUUCUUUCUCUACUUAUUUCCAUUCUUUGGUUUCGGAAUCCGUUCACGUUAGCACAUUGGAUUGGCGCAGCGUUGGUUUUUACCGGCACACUUGCAUUUGCCGAUAUUUGGACUGGCUGUACUGGUACAGCAAAGGAAAUUAAGAAAAAGAAAUAUUAA